CUCGGUCGCCGGAGGCCGCGCUGGGGCGGCUGGAGCGGCUGAGCCGAUGGCGCGGUGAAGGGCCGGGCCGGAGUCCUUGUCGCCCCCUGCGGCGACGCCGUCCGCUCGGCCCCGGCCGCCCUCCACACCCCACCCCCGGAAGCAUUGGAGAAGCUGACUCCGAACUCCGGGAAGAUCUUUGCUUUGGAAGUCCCGGAAAAUGGGACUCGCAAGAUGCACACUCACUACACACCCAGCAGUUGCCGGCAGUCUUUUAAGGGGAAGCUCUUUGUACCGGCCUGAGGCGGCUUCAUAUACAGAGAAUUUGCGACCCAGAGCGGGGAGGAAUCCUGCCAGGUCUGGGUUGGCCGCCGCCACCCAGGCACACCCCUCUGUAUCACGGACUUGGCUUUGGCAGGUCCUCUAAGGAAGACUGUUAAGUUUCUGAACUGGCUUGUGGACAGCGCCUGUGAAUCUGAAAAAUCCAGAGAUGGAGUCCCCAGCCUACCCUCUAAAUUUGACUCUGAAAGAAGAGCAAGCAAAGGAGAUUCAGAUCCGAGAAUUGGAGGAUGGCCCCCUCAUAGAUAUGCAGAAAGUACAAAUUUAUUCAAAAGGCGCAUGGGUACCAGCCCUAUUUGAGGAGGUGGCCAUAUAUUUUUCGGAUGAGGAGUGGGAAGUUUUGACAGAGCAACAAAAAGCCCUCUACCGGGAAGUCAUGAGAAUGAAUUAUGAGACUGUCCUGUCCCUGGAAUUCCCAUUCCCUAAGCCAGACCUGAUCAGUCGGUUGGAAAGGGAAGAGGAGUAUCCUAAUUCUGAUGAGUGGCGGCUCCAGGGAGUAACGUUUGCAGAAAAUGAAGAAUCUGACUUUACGACUCCACAUUGGGCAAGCCCAGUGAAUGCCACCACCUAUUUCCCUCAACCUCAGCACUUCAGCAGCUUUUGGCAGCUGACUCGGGACAUCACUGAACUGCCUGAGUGGAGUGAGGGGUACCCCUUCUACAUGGCCCUGGGCUUCCCAGGGUAUGACCUCUCAGCUGAUGACUUAGCUAGCCGGUUUCAGUUCAGUCGGGGCAUGCGCCGCAGUUAUGAUGCAGGGUUCAAGUUGAUGGUGGUAGAGUAUGCUGAGAGUACUAACAACUGUCAGGCUGCCAAGCAGUUUGGAGUAUUAGAAAAAAACGUUCGAGACUGGCGAAAAGUGAAGCCACAGCUCCAAAAUGCCCAUGCCAUGCGGCGGGCAUUCCGAGGCCCCAAGAAUGGGAGGUUUGCCCUGGUGGACCAGCGUGUGGCCGAGUAUGUCAGAUACAUGCAGGCCAAAGGGGAUCCCAUCACCAGGGAGGCAAUGCAGUUGAAAGCUCUUGAAAUUGCCCAGGAAAUGAACAUUCCAGAGAAAGGGUUCAAGGCAAGUCUGGGCUGGUGUAGAAGAAUGAUGAGAAGGUAUGACCUAUCUCUGAGGCAUAAAGUGCCGGUUCCCCAGCACCUGGCCGAGGACCUGACUGAGAAGCUCUUCACUUACCAGCAGAGUGUGCUGACUCUGCGCCGGACACAUGACUACGAAGUGGCCCAGAUGGGCAAUGCAGAUGAGACACCCAUCUGCUUAGAAGUGCCCUCUAGAGUGACUGUUGACAACCAGGGUGAAAAGCCUGUCUUGGUUAAGACACCAGGUAGGGAGAAAUUGAAGAUCACAGCCAUGCUGGGUGUCUUGGCUGAUGGGAGGAAGUUACCCCCAUACAUCAUUUUGAGGGGGACAUACAUCCCCCCUGGGAAGUUCCCCAGUGGCAUGGAAAUCCGCUGCCACCGAUAUGGGUGGAUGACCGAGGACUUGAUGCAAGACUGGUUAGAAGUUGUGUGGAGACGGAGAGCCGGAGCUGUGCCCAGACAACGAGGAAUGCUGAUCCUGAAUGGCUUCCGGUGUCAUGCCACUGACUCCGUGAAGAGCUCCAUGGAAAGCAUGAAUACAGACAUGGUGAUCAUCCCAGGGGGCCUGACCUCCCAGCUGCAGGUGCUGGACAUGGUGGUCUACAAGCCUCUGAAUGACAGUGUUCGGGCCCAGUAUUCCGACUGGCUUCUGGCGGGGAACUUGGCACUGAGCCCCACUGGAAAUGCUAAGAAGCCACCCCUGGGCCUCUUCCUGGAGUGGGUCAUGGUUGCAUGGAACAGCAUCUCAAGUGAAUCAAUUGUCCAGGGGUUCAGAAAGUGCCACAUCUCCAGCAACUUAGAGGAGGAAGAUGACGUCCUGUGGGAAAUUGAUAGCGACUUGACCAGAGAAGCACCAAAAGACUCUGAUGCUGAAAAUGGGGCUGAGGGUAACUGAAGAAAGAGUUCAGGUAACUGGUCAGGAGUGGAUCUCUCGUCACCGUUGCUCCGGUCAUGGCCAGCACUCACUUCUUUUCUGGCCAUUAGUUUCUCUUUUCAAGUUCUCUUUAAAUAAGCCUGCCAUGCCAGUGUAGACAGCAGGUCAGCAGCAUUCUCUCUUUGCAUUUUAUUCUGUGGCCUGGAUCCAAGAGCGCUUGUGUAGUGGGUAAGAAGAACAAGGAGCUGCCAGAGCACUUCACAUGAGAGCAGUACCACGGCUAAAAGUGACUUGGGCAUAGAAAGCAUAGUCCGACACUGUUCUGUUGACAAAAAGUUUAUCUGAAAAGAUAACUUCCUUCUCUUAUAAAUGCUGAACUUUCA